CACCACUCUCUCAUGCUACUGCUGCUAAUGCUAAUCCCCCUCACAUCCCUCUCCUAAUCACUUCCUUAAACCCACGAGCCCCCCGCCUCACCGGCAGGCGGCAGGCGGCGCGGCGCCAAUGGACUCCUCGGGCUCCGCCUCGUCGUACAAGCUGCAGCUCGCCCUCGCGGCGCUCGUGGGCGCCUCCUCCGCCGCCGUAGCGGCCUACUACCUGCACUACCGUGCCGUCGCGCAGGUCGCUCGCUCCGCCUCCACCAACCGCCGCAGGACCCGCCCCCCCACCCCCGCCCCCGCCGCCAGCGGCCGGAAGCUCCCUCCGCCGCGCCGCGAUGCCGUCGGCUCAGCCUCGCUUCCCGACCUCUCUGCGUUCUAUGAUGCCGGCGGCCACGGCGGCGGCGGGCUCGCCUCCAGCGGGUACCUCGUGGAGGAGGAGGAGGAGGAUGAUGCGCAUGGGGUCGUGGGCCCGCACGCGAACGGUGGCGCGCUCGAACACGCGGAGCUGCUGGACAUCCCCCAGGGAUUGCCUAGACUGAACGUGGGCCCCGACGGCAGUAAACCAUUUGCCCGUACAGUUUCAACUAGACGAGUUGAAAUAAUUAGACCUAAGUCACCCAAGUCCCCUGCUGCCAGUGCAAGUGCACUUGAGAGUGCAGAUGGAUCAGGUGAUGCUAUACAAAAUAGUGACAAUGGCUACAUGAACACAAAUGGAAACCUGGAAGGCGAACACAAAGGAAAUGCAAUUGUGGAAAAUGGGGCUGCCAAACCAUUAGCUGCAGCAAGCUUGAUGCGGUCAAAAAGUAUAUCCAAUGGUCUUCAUGCAGUUCAACCUGACCCAGUUGCUGCAGAUAUUCUACGAAAAGAAGCUCAGCAAGAAUCAUUUAUCAAGAUGUUAACUACUCCAGAGGAGAUUCCAACUGCUGACGAAAUUGAGGUGUUCAAAAUCCUUCAGAAGUGCCUCGAGUUAAGAGACUCUUAUCUCUUUAGAGAAGAGGUUACUCCAUGGGAGAAGGAGGCCAUAAAUGACCCCUGUACUCCAAAACCUAACCCCAACCCGUUCACUUAUGUGCCUGAACCAAAGUCAGAGCAUGUCUUCCAAAUGGUUGAUGGUGUUGUCCAUGUUUAUGCGGAUAAAGAUUGUACAGAGAGCAUUUAUCCUGUGGCUGAUGCCACAACCUUCUUCACGGACCUGCAUUAUAUUCUCCGAGUAACGGCUGCAGGGAACACAAGAACUGUCUGCCAUAAUCGGUUAAAUCUUCUUGAGCAUAAGUUUAAAUUUCAUCUGAUGUUAAAUGCGGAUAGGGAAUUUCUUGCCCAGAAGACCGCACCGCAUCGUGAUUUUUACAAUGUCAGGAAGGUUGACACUCAUGUUCAUCAUUCAGCAUGCAUGAAUCAAAAGCAUCUGUUGAGGUUCAUAAAAUCCAAACUAAGGAAAGAACCUGAUGAGGUGGUCAUUUUCAGAGAUGGUACUUAUAUGACUUUAAAAGAGGUUUUUGAGAGCUUGGACUUAACUGGGUAUGAUCUGAAUGUUGAUUUGCUAGAUGUCCAUGCAGACAAAAGCACAUUUCAUCGUUUUGACAAAUUCAACCUAAAAUAUAAUCCAUGUGGCCAAAGUAGGCUCAGAGAAAUUUUCCUCAAACAAGACAAUCUCAUUCAAGGCCGUUUUCUUGCCGAGUUGACAAAGCAAGUUUUCUCUGACCUUUCUGCUAGCAAAUAUCAGCUGGCAGAAUAUAGGAUUUCAAUCUAUGGGAGGAAACAAAGUGAAUGGGACCAACUUGCGAGUUGGAUAGUGAACAAUGAAUUGCACAAUGAAAAUGUUGUCUGGCUGGUUCAGAUUCCACGCUUAUAUAACGUGUACAAGGGAAUGGGUAUUGUUACGUCAUUCCAAAAUCUUCUUGACAACAUUUUCCUUCCUCUUUUUGAGGUUACUAUUGAUCCAGCUUCACACCCGCAGCUCCAUGUCUUCCUGAAGCAGGUUGUAGGGCUGGACCUGGUUGAUGAUGAAAGUAAACCAGAAAGGCGUCCAACAAAGCACCACAUGCCUACACCUGAACAGUGGACCAAUGUGUUCAACCCUGCAUUUUCAUAUUAUGCAUACUACUGCUAUGCUAACUUAUUCACCCUAAACAAGCUGCGUGAGUCAAAGGGGAUGACCACUAUCAAAUUCCGUCCACAUGCUGGAGAGGCUGGAGAUAUCGAUCACUUGGCUGCAACAUUUCUUCUUUGUCACAACAUAUCACAUGGAAUCAAUCUAAGGAAGUCUCCUGUGCUUCAGUACUUAUACUAUCUUGGUCAGAUUGGUCUGGCGAUGUCGCCAUUGAGCAACAACUCCUUGUUUCUUGACUAUCAUCGCAACCCUUUUCCAACGUUCUUCCAACGAGGUCUGAAUGUCUCAUUAUCUACGGAUGACCCUUUGCAAAUUCACCUGACAAAAGAACCAUUGGUGGAAGAAUACAGCAUUGCUGCUUCGCUGUGGAAGCUCAGUUCUUGUGAUUUAUGUGAAAUUGCAAGGAACUCCGUUUAUCAAUCUGGAUUUUCACAUGCUCAAAAGUCUCACUGGAUUGGCAAGAACUACUUCAAAAGAGGACUUGCUGGAAAUGACAUUCACAGAACGAAUGUACCACACAUCAGGGUUCAAUUUAGAGAAAUGAUCUGGAGAAAUGAAAUGAAACUAGUUUACUCUGACAAUGAGAUCUUAAUACCAGACGAGCUGGAUCUGUAAGAUGUCCGGCCUCAUGUAUAACCUGUAGUGGCAAUGGGAAUUAUACUUCAUGUUUUGUUGCUGGAAGUCAGCAUGAGAAGCGAUGUGAUCAAGAGUGUCUCCAAACCCUAUUGAGGAAAACCUCCAGAAAUGCCCCAAGCACGCCAAGGGAUGCAAUAAUGUGGCAAAGUGAAGCAGCAGAGAUUUGUGCUAGAGUUGCAUUAUAGCAUUAUAGGGUGUCCCCUGUCCCCCCUCGUUUGUAAGCAUGUACUCGAAGUGGUUGUACUCUGGUUGGAUCCUAUAGGGUGAGAAUAAAGUGCUGCCGGUUGUUUUGCUGCCCAGAUGAAAAUGGAAUCGAACCAGAUGAGGAGGCAAUUAGAUAAUUAAGUAAAGCCGGUUGUUUGCCCAGAUGAAAACAGCAACCGAACAAGAAUAGCAGGCAGUUAAUGCGCAGAUGAAGAGGAUGCUGUCAUGACAUAGUUCCUAGUACCAAUGAUGUCAACACGUCUAUGGGUCUGGUGUGAUGAGUAUUGAGUAGUUGUGGUCCAUUUUCUUGAAUGAUCCGAGAACUUGAUAACUACUGAUACGCAACCUGACGACGAGGCAGUGCACCGUGAGUUCGGCACAUGCAAUGAACUGCCGGCACAAUUACCCUUCCAUGCACCAAAGGAGCUAGCCCACGCAAUCAGCCAUAAAAGUCAUGAAAGCACAAACUGGAGCACUGUAAUUCGGCGUUCUACAACUCCGGAAGGAAAGAAGAAGUUUUGCAAGCCUCUCAAGACUUCACGAGUGGUUGUUCUCAACGUAACAUAAGUGUUUACAUGAAAUUUGAUUAAGGAUGGGAAUGGUCCUUCAAAUGGAUACCUGUGGUUCUUCUCUAAUGUAAUUUAAUGAACUAAAUAAACAAUUUCUCUCCUCAUUUUUUUUCAUUUAGUUCAUUUAGUUACAAAGAAGAAGCGCGAGUAUCCAUUUGGAGCAC